GUUUUAUGUACACACAUAUCAAUGACGUAGAACACACGCACACUCCUCAUGCCUUUGUAGUAGUAAACAUGGCGAUAGAUCUCUCUACCAACCGGGAUUCGUUACUAGAAGCCUACAGGGACGUCGCAGACGAUAAAACCAACACCAACUGGGCCUUAUUUGGAUAUGUAGGGACGUCUGAUGUUUUGAAAGUGGUUGAAAGAGGCUCUGAUGGCAUCGAAGAAUUAGUUGAUGAGGUCAACAGCAGCAAGGUCCAGUAUGCCUACUGUCGAGUUAAAGACCCAAACACAGAUCUCUCAAAAUAUGUCCUUAUCAACUGGCAAGGCGAAGGAGCCCCUGAGAACAUGAAAUUCAAAUGUACAAACCAUGUACGGGACGUGAAAGCCCUGUUUAAGGGCGUCCAUCUGGUUCUCAGUGCCAGGUCCGAAGAUGACUUGGAUGAAGAAGACAUCAAGAAGAAGCUCGCCAAAUCUUCUGGUUCCAAUUACAGCUUCCACAAAGAACAAUCCAAACCAGAACCCCCACCUGCUCCGGUUGGUUCCGUAUAUCAGAAAACUUAUGCCAAGAAGGAUAUCAACACGAAGAAGCGAGAUGAAUUCUGGGCAAAAACCGAGGAAGAAGAAAAGAAACGUCAACAAGAAGAUCGAGACAGGUUAGCGAAGGAGAAAGAUAGACUUGAACAAGAUCGGAAGAAACGAGAGGAACAAGAAACAGCAGAGCGUGAGAAGAAAAUCCGAGAGAAGAUGAAAGUAAUUAAUCAACAAAAGGUUUAUGAAUCGAAAACCAAAGGUACAACAAAUAAACAGGAAGAGAAGGAGAAUUGGGCUAAAAUGCAGGCAGAGUGUAAGAAAGAUGAAGAAGAGAGAAGAAUGCGCAGUGAAUCCCUACGUAAGGAAAGAGUUGCUGAGGCACAGCAUGUGGUGUCUAACAAGACCCAGAGUAAACGAGCUUUAUUUGAGCAAAGAUCUCGAGAGGUGGAAUUUGACCCAGCACCAGGUCCUCCGCGUAGGCAAUCACUGGAUCAUUAUGUUGACGGCUAUAACGAACCGACGAGUCCUGAGCCCAUCUCGCCAACAGGCCCUCCGCCUCAGGUGCCUCCCAGCCUACAGUCAUCGCGCCAUGACGGCUACGAAGUGCCAGUCAGCCGACGACAUCUACAGCAAGAGCAGCAACCGCAGCAUCAUACUCCCUCGGUUCCUCUCCCACAACCAGUGGCCCCUGCGGUUCAGAUGAGAGCUAUCUCACCCCAACCGGAACCCGCUGACACCGCCAUCAAUCUAUUACGGGAUAGCCUGCCCAGACGGCAGACUGAUGACGACGACGAUGAUGACGAUGAUGAGGAGGAUGAGGAUGACGAUAUGGAGUAUGACGCUAUGACCAUUAAGAGAAAAGUUCCUGUAGCCAAGGAGGUGCCCGAGCCGGAACCUGAACAGCCAGCAGAAACAGAGGAAGAGUUCUCUCCCCAAGACAAAGGGAUGUGUGUGAGGGCGUUGUAUGACUAUCAAGCAGCUGAUGACACAGAAAUUUCUUUCGACCCUGAUGACAUCAUCACCCAUGUCGAACAAUUCGAUGAAGGUUGGUGGAAUGGUAUUUCACCGAGUGGAGAGUAUGGAAUGUUCCCAGCCAACUAUGUAGAGGUUAUUUAAACCAAACACAACACUUUUCCAUCUGCAAAUGAUGAUGAUGAUUAUUAUGAUUAAUUUUAUUAUUCUUAUUAAUAUCAUCAAUAUUAUUAUGCAAAAAUCAUUAUUGUUAAUUACCAUAUGAUAUCAUUAUUAUCAUGAUCAUAAUUAUUAUGGUUAUUAUUAUUAUUAUUAUUAUUAUUAUUAUUUAUAAAAUCAUGUUAUUAAAAGCAGUAGAUUUGCAAAAGCAUUGGCGAGCAUUGAAUAAAACACCUUGCUGUAUUUAGAUAUUUACCUGCAUGUUAUGAGUUCAGGAUUACCCAAGGUCCACUUUCUGCCCACCAAAUUCACUCUCAACGCUUUGGUUGGCCUUGAGGCUAUAGCAGAGAGCGCUUCCUUCAAAGUACCCUCUACUGUAGCAAACUUCUUAGCCAUAUCCGUACCCCUGUGCCGUGGGUCCGCAUCCAGAAUCAUGAACUAUGUCUGUGAAACACAACUAAGGAAGCCUCUUCAUAGAGAGAAACAUGCUCAUUUGUCUGUUUUACAUCCUUGUUUUCAUGCCCGCAUGUAUUUGAGGAACACACAGUACUGAGGCAUUGAUUCAAGUAUGUACGUAUAAAUAUCUCUGUCUGUUCGAUUUACAUCCUUUCUUCCGUGCUAGCAUUGGUUGGAGGAAAACCCAUUUCUAAGGCAUCGUUUGGCAGCUGGAUGCUCUUCCUGUUGCUAACCCUCACCUGUUUUACAAAUGCUGGAUUUCUUUUCUUUGUUUUCCUUUUUCUUUUUUUUUUUUUUUGCAUAUAUAUGCUGUGGUUUCCCAAUUCUGUACCCCUGCAUUGUUUAAGGAGUUUGCUAGAGAAGAAAUCAUUUUAAGCAAGUGCCACCCAAACUUAAGAGUGAAUUUGGUAGACAGAUAUUGAAAAAGAAACUCAUCAUAUAUAUGUAUGUGAGCGUGUGUGUGUGUGUGUGUGUAUAUGCAUGUACUUAUAUAUGCAUACACACAUGUAUAUAUAAUGCAUGGGCAUUUGUGUUUCCUUGCCUUGGUUCACUCUUGAUUCACUCGCUGUCUGUAAACGAGCGUGACUGUCAUAUUGGCGGUGUCGUUUGUUUUACAAUCUUAUGUGAAAAAAGGUACAGACAUGAGCAAAAUAUUACCAUGCUUCGAAACAGAUGAAGAUUGGCAGCAGAUGGAGCCUUGGUCCUUAAAAAAUUUGCCGCAUUGAAUUUUGCCUGACCUGUGCAAGCAUGACAGAGCAGAUGUUGAAAUGAUGACAGCAAUGCAUGUCUCCCUUUCUUACUCUGGAAAAAAUCUCUCUGAAAAUAUGACACAAAGGUGGUGCUCCAGCAUAGCCACAGUCAAAUGACCGAAACAAGUAAAAGAGUACGAACUCUGUGAUUUACAUUAAGUCAACCAAACAGAACCCGUCUAAUUCCUCUCCUGGCUAUGCAAACAGACCAACAGAAGAAACAACAGUGUUGGUCUCACUCCUUGUAUGCUAACGAAGCAUUUGUUGAUUCUACUGUGCUCCCACUGACUGCUGCAAUUAUCUUUGUACUCCCUGGCACCACUUCUGUUUGGUCUCUACUCACAACUAUUAUAAUGUUGGCAGAGUUGGUGGGGCAUCAAACAUAAUGCCUUGUGGUAUUUAUGCUUGACUCUUUGCAUUCCGAGUUCAAAUUUUACCAGGGAAUGCCAAGUACCGGUCAGAUACUGGGGUUCUUCCCAAAAUUUGAGAUGUUGCCAUAUAAAAAUAAAUCAGUAUUACAAUCUAAAUGCUGUUCUUUAUAAGUAGGAUUUGAGAAGUAUGCCCUUCUGCUACCCUUCUGCAGUAUCUAUUUACAGUUAAGCAGACUGGUCAGUUGAUAGUUUAGUGUUCCAGCUGUUGGGUUCGGUGCCCCCUUGUGACAGCUUAAAAAUGUGUGUAAACCUUUGCAGUACGCAGCGCUGUACUGACUGCAUCAUCUAUGACUCCUGUUACCUUUCGUUAAAUACAUUUAUUUGCAGCUGUUCCUGUGGCACCUGUAGAGAAAUAGUUUCAAAAACUGAGUCAAAGAAGUACAGCUCCAUGGGUCCACAAAUUCUUCGGAAACACACUUCUGCUGCCAUGCUUAUAUUUGCCUGUGCGCACACACACACACACACACACACACACACACACACCACACACACACACACACACACACACACACAUACCCUGGUAGCCAUCUUGGACAUCCCCUGUACCUCUCUGGUCAUUGGGAUUCUUAUCAGUCUGACAA